AUGUGUUCAAUACCACCUCGAAAACCUCGUGCACUGAUGCGUGAACGUCUUGAAAAAGAAAGUACGGUUGCUCAGUGUCAAAAAUGUUUAACAAAAGGCCAUUGGACAUUUGAGUGUAAAGGCAAAAGAAAAUAUGUUGAACGACCAUCGCGUACACAACUACUGGAAAAACGUAUAAAACAAUUAAAAAAAAGUAAAGAAGAUGAAGAAACAAAUGCUAAUGAAACGAGAAAAAAACAAUUAAAUGAUGAUUUACAAACAAUCAAAUUUGAUAAAAAUAAUAAUGAUAAUGAUGAUGGCAAUUCAUCGGAUUCAAGCUCAAGUAGUUCAUCAUCAUCGUCGAGUUCCUCGUCAUCGUCUUCGUCAUCGUCCUCUUCGUCAUCGUCCAGUGAAACAUCUACAACUAGCAGCAGUAGUGAUUCCAGUGAUGAAGAAAAUGGACCGCCAUCAGAUACGAAUAAUGAAUCACCAAAAAAGAAAAUCAAAGUUUAA